GAACUGUCCGCGAACACACUCUCCAGAUUCACCUCUGCCGAUCCUGAGAAUGACGACCCUACACCUUCCGGUCGAAGACAAGCUAUGGUCAUAAACGACACAGAACUCAUAGUUGCCGUUGGGUCGGAGCUGCGUGUGAUGACAUUAGGGGAGGUGAAGUUGAAUAACAAGGCCUCGAGGUCGUAUAAAGUUCUGCACACACCGAACUUACAGUUUGACGUACACCAACUAGCGUUGAAUCCAAGUGGUAAACUCCUCGCCGUGGCGGGCGCUUUCCAGAUCGCUGUUGUCGUUCUCCCUCGGCCAGGAUUUACUAAACUUGUUCCACAAGUCGUGGACUGCAAGUCCAUACAAGUCGGACAGUACCACCAUGCCACUACCGACGCAGCUCCUAUUGCCAAGGUUGAAUGGCAUCCGUGGGGCGAGGCUGGCUCUACCUUGAUGGUCAUGACCACUGAUGGAAAGCUACGGGAGUAUGACAUUUCUACGGAUACGGAGGAACCACAGCAGGUCGUCUCCUUCGUACAGCCACGGCCGCCGAAGAAAAGCAAGUCAUACCGCGUCGUCGAUGAAUCAGAAUACGAAGUCGCUUCUUUCACGUUCGGCAAGGGACUGGCAGACUGGGGUCCUCUGACCGUCUACGCUGUCCUGAAAAGUGGCGACAUCUAUGCAUGUUGCCCUUACAUGCCGCAGAAUGCCUCUAUCCCUUCAUCAUAUAUCCAUGCCCUCGAGUGCUUUGUCUCCGCUAAACAAGAGUUCUUGGCGCACAUGAUACCUCCCCCCGCGGACAUGGAAACAUACACUCGCGCAUACGACUAUCAAUACAAGUACAUCAAAGCCCUCCUCAAACAACUCCCUCCCGGUACGGUCUAUCCUGCAGCUUCUCGACCAGUGCUUCUCCACCCUCCAGCCACCAUCCGAACUCCAACACGCAUCCAAGGCCCAUUUCUUCUCCAACCAUCACCCAGGGACGUGGAUGGCACCGAAGGCGGAUAUGCCACGGACAUUCUGUAUAUGAAGUUCGGUGCUGAGGCGGAGGUCGGUGAGGAGUGGCAGGAUGAAGGCGAGACCGAAAGGCUGGGCCUGGUUUUGGUUACUUACCAGGAUGGAAGGGUGGACGUCUGUUUGGAUGUGGAGAAGGUGGAAGCCAGAUGGGAAACCACUCAGACCACCCCGACAGACCGAAAUGCGGAACUGCCAAUGCUAGCGGUAUACGAAUCUGUCGACCUUGGCCUUGUUUCUAUGCUCUCCAGUUGUCAACCACCACUGUUGGACCUUCUAGCGGGCAAUCAGCCUGUCCUUCACGCAGAUCCGAUACACGAUGACACAGUCUACGUAUACCAUGCCUUCGGUGUACAUGCGUUAUAUCUGGACAAGCUGCUUCGUAGUCUUGCUGCCGCUCUCCACGGAGAUCCUACCGACAAAGCCCUACUUUCAUCUUUGGAGGAGUCAGAACAGACAGAUGUGCGGCCGGUUGUGUCCACGUUUUCCGUCGAACGAAGAUCAUCAAACCCUGUGAUUGCUGUCUCGAUACCAAACGAUGUCUACCUGACAUACAGCAUUUUCAUCCUCACAUCAUCCAUGCGUGUUGUCUCCUUCGUGCUGAACCUCCGCUCUGACGCUCUCCCCGAACCCUCAAAUCCACCGGAGCGAGCCGCCUCUGUACCACCCCCUGAGAAACCCCUUCUUCUACUUCCUUCCGGCGCGCGCGCGUACACCUCACUCCUAGGCGACAAACCCUUUGAACCCCCCGCCAUCUUCGCCCGCCAGACUGGUCUUCCAUCUCAACCUCUCCUCGCUCUCCCGCCACCGCCACCGAACACCGGUGCGAACGCAAAAGAAUUCCGUCUUACCCCCGAUACACUCCGCUAUCUCGGCCAAACCUAUGAGCGUUUCAGUGCUCAAAUCCAGCAAGUUCAACUCGGAUACCUUGCUGUACAAUCGCGGUCUGCCCUGCAGAAAGAAGAACACGAGCGACAGGCGCGCAAGUUCCAGGAGGUGAUGGAAAAGGCGAAGCAACUCAAGACUGAGAGGAGGGAGAAGACAUUACGAAGAGUCGAUGAGGUGAAGGGCGAGAUGAACGAUUUGUUGGCGAGGAUGAAACGUGUGCUUGGGAUGAUAGCAAGGAAAGCUAAUCCGGAAUUGAGUGGGGUGGAGAGGAGGUGGUUUGAGGAGUUGGAGAGGAUGAAGGAGCAGGUCGUAGGUCACGGGAGGUAUGAUGAGAGUUCGUUGGUUGCAAGAGGAAAAAUGGUCGAGCACGAAUACACUCGGCUUCUGCCGCACCUCAGAGCGGAGGAGGAGAAGGAACAAUUGCGGAAGGCUCGCGAUCGGAAUGACGAAAUCGGUCUCUCGCAAAUGUUCGAGUUCGGACAACAAUUCGAGCAUGAACAACGUAGGAUUGCGAAUCUACAGAAGGAGUUGCAACAGCUUGCAUUGAAGAUGGAUGUCACGCUCCCAAGACCACCACCACUAUCGGCCGGUUCGAAGGUGGGGUGAGGGCACUUAUUAUCUCCAGAGUGAGGAGUUGGAAGGCAUUUAGCUUGUUGAUCAUGUGUAUUAUCGAUGUUGAAACUUUUGUCGCACCUUAGACGGGC